AUGGGAGAGAGACACAGACAGAGUUACAAGUUCCCGGGGGUGGGCUUUGCAAGGGACGGGCGGCGCGCGGUCGGAUUGGACGAUAAGGGACGACACGGCCAGACGAGAGAGGGCAAGAAGGAAAAAAUUAAGGCGCGGUGGCGCUUUGCCAAACUGGAGCGCAUCAGACCUACUGUACUGCCCGCGAGACAGAGCCGCCCAAUUGCAGUGGGAACGCCACCGCGAGCCCGGGGACGGAACCUCGUGCUGUAG